GAGCAGGGGUGUGCGGAAAGUCCCAGCCAGGUGUAUGGGUCUUUGGGGAGAGGGUGGCCCCACCCCUGAGGUAUGAAAGCCCCCCUGCCCUGGCCCUUGCUCAGUCUCCAUGGGGGAACGGGGGCUGGAGGGCCGGGGUAGGAGGCCCCAGCGGAAAGGAUGCCUGCUGCUGGCUGUGGCAGGAGUCACUUCCCUGGUGACCCUCCUGCUGGCUGUGCCCAUCACUGUUGUGGCUGUGCUGGCCUUGGUGCCCCAGGAGCAGGGAGGAUUGGUGAGUGGCUACAAUAAACCCUCCACGAGCCAGGUAACAGGGACGGCUGACCCCGGCAUCCAGGCACCUGCCCAUCAGCGAUUUGAGUCCGGGGAGCUGCCUGAGGAGGACUCAGAAACUGAUCUCAGCCCUAGGCUCCCAGCUGCCCAUCUCAUUGGCGCUUGGACCACGGGGCAGGGGCUAGGCUGGGAGGCGAAGAAAGAAGAGGCGUUUCUGAGGAGCGGGACGCAGUUCUCGGGCGCAGAAGGGCUGGCCCUCCCGCAGGACGGCCUCUAUUACCUUUACUGUCACGUCGGCUACCGGGGCCGGGCGCCCCCUCCCGGCGUGGACCCCCUGGACCGCUCGGUCACGCUGCUCAGCCGGCUGUACCGGGCGGGGGGCGCCUAUGGAUCGGGGACCCCCGAGCUGCUGCUGGAGGGCGCGGAGACCGUGACACCUGUCUCGGACCCCGCCAGAAGGCACGAAUAUGGGCCCCUCUGGUACACGAGCGUGGGGUUCGGUGGCCUGGUGCAGCUCCGGAGGGGCGAGAGGGUGUACGUCAAUAUCAGUCACCCCGACAUGGUGGACUACAGGAGGGGAAAGACCUUCUUCGGGGCGGUGAUGGUGGGGUGAAGGCUACCUGCAUCCCUAAAAGCAACUACUGCCUGAUGAGAGUAUGUGAAUGAAUCAGCCCAGUUACUGGGGACCCAGACACCAGGGACCCCAUGGCUAUGUGGAAAAUGUAGAUGACUGUUUGGAAACUGAUUUUUGAGACCGAUGAAAAUAAAGAAUGUAAACUUUAAUGCUGCCAAUACAAA